AUGAGGUUUCUUCUAUUUCUUCUCUUCUGUCUCGCUUUAGUGAGCAGUGAAAGAAAAUACGGAUCCAGGGGAGAUAAAUUUUGGAGUGGCAGGAACAAAAAUACGAAUCCAUGCAAGGAAAAGUUUGGAGUAACAGGACCCUGCUUGGCUCUCUUCACAAAGUGGGGAUUUAACUCAACCUCAGGAAAAUGUGAGGAAUUCACCUACGGAGGUUGUAAAGGAAACGGAAACAAAUUUGACACUGAAGAGGAAUGCAGAAACCGUUGCGAAGUCCGAGGAGAUGCAAAGACCUAA